CACACAUGAGCCGUAUCUGGCGUGUGGGCACCCGAUGAGGAGAGGCACCAGCGCCACGCUGCAAACAGCUUUGACGACGUGGGCUGUUUUCACAGGGCUGUUACAAGCCCUGCGGAAGGGCUGGGCGCACCUCGUACGUUUCACAAUUUCACAGACCUCCAGCUGGGGCUCCAGCCGCGAGCUCUGCGGCAAGCUGAGGCGAAGCAGGCAGCCGGGCGAGGAGGGAACCGAGGGGCGCCUCCGUGCAGCCACCUCACCCUCAGCGCCCCUCCGCCCGCCUCUGUUGGCACCGGUUGCCCGGGGCAGAGCGGCCCCCCCGCUCCCUACAUUGGUGAAUAUGGAAGCCAUGGACAUACUCUUUCGAAUAAGAGGAGGCUUGGAUUUGGCAUUUCAGCUAGCAACUACCGAUGAGGCAUCAGCAAAAAAGGCAUUAAGAUAUGUGUUCAGUGAUCUUGCAAACAAGCUGUCCUCAGAUGUUCUUGUGUUAAGAAUUUGCCAUAGUCCAGUCUACGUGUGGCCUAACAGUGGUAUCAACACUGUUCCAGAGCUGACUGAUGAUUCUGCUUGUAAAGAGAUAAAACGAUUUAUACACCUUGAUCAAGAUGACGAGACCCGACGAAAGCUUGGCAAAAAAAAGGAUAAAAAGCUACAAGAUACGCAGCAGAUAAUCAAUAUAGACCUCAUGUUAGAGAUGACAUCUUCACUAGAUGCUUUGGCUCCAGUCAUUGAAAGGGAAAAUAAAGAACACCACUACAUUAAUAUGACUUUACCAGUUGAUGUUGUUUUGUCUGUUUCUCCAGAAGAAACAUGGGGAAAGGUACAAAAUCUCCUGGUGAAAGCAAUUCACAAGCAAUUAACAGAUAUGGAAAGAUGUAUCAUGAAAUAUAUGAAGGGAACGUCAAUUGUGGUACCAGAACAAUUUCAUUUCAUGUUACCAGGAAAAACUCACCUUGUAACAAUCUCUUAUCCUACAGGUAUUUCAGAUGAUCAGCUGGAAAGUUACAGAAAGGAAUUACACACGUUGUUCAACCUACCAUAUGACAGACCAUACUUAAAGAGAGCAAAUGCUUACCAUUUUCCAGAUGAACCAUAUAAAGAUGGCUAUCUCAGAAACCCCCAUUUACAUCUUAAUUCACCUGGGACAGAGUCUGGUAUGGUUUAUUUAGUACAUGGCACAUACAGCUAUCACCACUAUAUGCAGGAUCGCAUUGAUGACAGCGGUUGGGGCUGUGCUUAUCGGUCUCUGCAGACUGUCUGCUCGUGGUUCAGGCACCAAGGUUACAUAAAUGCACCUAUACCAACACACAAGGAAAUUCAACAGGCACUGGUUGAUGCCGGAGACAAACCUGCAGCAUUUGUUGGGUCACGGCAAUGGAUUGGCUCUAUUGAGGUACAGCUUGUUCUGAAUCAACUUUUUGGAAUAACAUCAAAAAUACUCUUUGUCAGCCAGGGUUCUGAACUAGCUUUGCAGGGAAGAGAGCUUGCUAAUCAUUUCAAGACUGAAGGAACUCCUAUUAUGAUUGGUGGAGGUGUUUUGGCUCACACGAUAUUAGGAGUAGCUUGGAAUGAGAUUACAGGGCAAAUAAAAUACUUGAUUCUAGACCCACAUUACACUGGAGGAGAAGAUCUGCAUGUUAUUUUGGAAAAGGGUUGGUGUGGAUGGAAGGGCCCAGACUUCUGGAACAAGGAUGCCUACUACAACCUGUGCCUACCUCAACGACCGAAAACUAUUUAAAUUCCACUCUUGGGCUGGAACAUGCUAAGCCAGAAUACUAGCAGAUAUCUAGAUAUAACUUGUCUUGUUAGUUAGACUAAUGCUUUCAGGUAAUCAAAACCCAGCUGAAAUAGAAAUAUUACUUACAUAAUUUAAAGCAAGAUUAUUUUUUUUAAUGAGACCUCUGAAAAAUAAGGGAAUUACCUGCUGUGAACUGUAUUUCCUACAAAUGUUUAUCAAGUAACUUAAACUCUUUCCUUUUGGCUAAGAUAACUUUGUUUGUAUAGCGAUUUUAUGCUAAAAAGCUUUACAGAUUAAGUGUCUGAUCCUUUUAUUUUAUGAAUUUUUUUCUUGCCAAAAAAAAAAAACGUACUUCAGGUUCUGUAUAGCCAGCUGGAUUUUGCUGUAUGAAUCUGUUCAAAGCCAUCAUUCCCUGCUGUUACUGCUGGUAACAGUAUUUUAGAUAAGGGUGAGGAAAAAAAAAAAAAGCAUGUAUACUGAAUUUUAUGGUCUUUGUUCUCAUUUACACAGAAAAAAGGAAGAGACUAAGUUAUUAUAUGCUUAUUUAUUUAUAGCUGUAUGAAUACAACUAUUCUGGGAAAAAACAGUCUUCUGUAAGAAGUAAAAAUAAAUGAGCUUUGCUCCUUCUCAGAAGGAGACAAUGUAA